UUCGAAACAAACAUGGCGGCGUCCAGUGACGAGGUCACAUGUGAUGACUUUCUUGGUUUCCAGGAAGCAUUAAAGAAGUGGAGGUUUAUCGAUGACCGUAUCGUCUAUGCCCUCAACACAUCACUGCCCACAGCUUCCUUUGCAGGAGAAGUGAAUGCAACCAGUCAGUGUAAACAUCUAUAUGAACAGCUAGCUGAGACCUAUGAUGGCCGAGAACAAGCCAUUAAAAAGUGUGUGCGUACAGUUUCAUCAGUUGUUGGUGAUCUCCAAAAUCAGAAAAAGAAUGACCCAGACAAUGCUGAGAUCAUGAAGAGGCUGAGCAAGGAGAGAACCAAGCUGCGUCUCAUGCAGUCUGAACUGAACAUAGAAGAAGUGCUACGGGACCGGAGUAUGAAAGUAUUUUAUGAACGAUGUCGAACAGUCUAUAGGCCUCCUUCUGCUCCGAUAGUAUGACAACAGUUUACUUAGAGUAUGAAAGUGUGUGCCAAGCAGUCACCCAGUACGUUAGCUGCAGACAAAGUACUAACCUUG